CCCUUGCGCACUAGCGGUCAACCGCGGGGGCGGCUAACCGCGCGGUCUGCCGCUUUCCCAGUUUAAUAUGCAACCGCCUGUGAUAGUACGCACUUGACCGCCGCAAAGUUUUAACCGCGGCGGUUGAAUGGAGAGCUGCGGCCCGCUCCGCGGCUGGCCGCCAUCUUGCUUGUACGCACUUGCGAUUUCAGUUUGCGGCGAGCCGCCGAUGAGUUAGUACGUGAGUCGCAGUCAUGAACUUCGACACAGAGAAAUUCAUUGUUGAAAUUCAACAACGAGAAUCAAUUUGGAAUUGUCAAGGAGCAAUAUAUAGGAAUAGAGAUUUAAAACGGAAACAAUGGGAAGAAUUAGUAGACAUUUUUGGAAAAGAUGAGAUGACAACAGAGGAAAAAAGAAGUCUUGGAAAAGAAUUACAAAAAAAAUGGAAAAACAUCAGGGAUAAUUUUGUGAAAGCUCUAAAGGACAAUGUUAGCAGGAGUGGGUCAGCAGCUAAGAAAAAGACUCAAUACAUAUUUUACAAUAAUUUAAUGUUUUUGAAAGACACAGUAUCCAUCAAUGAAACUGAUUCAAAUAUGCCAAGGCAAGAAAAUGAUGGAAAUGAAACAGAAAAUGUCACUGACCCAGUCAUACCACCACCACCAAAACGAAAUAAAAAGAAAAAAAAAGAAGAUGAUAUAGGAGUUGAAUUGAUUAACGUCUUAAAUAAGAAUGUCGAGUUCAGAAAGGCCGAAGAAGAUGAAGAUAGACUGUUCUUUUUGUCGUUGGUUAGUGAAAUAAAAAAAGUGCCUGAACAUAUACGCCUACGUACAAAAGCUAAAAUAAUGCAAGUCAUUACUGAAGCCCAAACGUCUGGAUACAACUACUGUAACUCUACUUGGGAUUACGUGCGACCAUUUAACUACAACCAAGGGCCACAUCAAGGAUAUCAGACACCAUCAUUUGCUAGAAAUAAUAACCCACCACCACCACCACCGCCCUCAGUUCCACCUACACAUCGUGGAACAUGGAAUGAAGGAGAAUCUGUAACUUCUCCUGAAUCAACAUAUUCACAGAAUACACAUAUGUCUCAAGAAUCUGAUUAUUUAGAUCUUUUUAAUGAUAAUAAUUCUCAGUAAUAGUUAUAGUUUCCUACUUUUAUUGUUCUUUGUGGUUAUGAAUACACAUUGCGAUUCAAAUUAAAACAUAAUAGCUAGCAAAAACAUUUUUUAUUUAAAAUACAUACCUUAACGUUAUAACUAAUUUCUCUUCGGGUUGGAUACAGUCACGAAAUUUAGUAUCUUGUCCUUUGAUGGUGACAUAUAAAACUGUUAAUAAUUCUUCAAAUGACGAAACACUCAUUCUAACAUAGCCAAAGAAUUUAUCUUGGUGCUUCUUCAGUUCUUGAAAACAACUUGCGAACUGGCCAAAUUCAUUACGUGUUUCUAGUAAAGGAUGAAUCCAGUAUCUUUUUUUAUUUUUCUUUCGUUGUUUUCGGGAGUAAUAAUAAAUAACACAAGCUAUCUCGACGGCGUCCAUUUUAUUUAUGAGGUACGCGGGCCGCUCUGGUCCAACCGCUUAACGCGUUAUCAUCGCGGUUUUUUUGCGAUUGGCCGCCAUAGCGGUCAGCCGCGAUGAAACCGCGUUAAGCGGUUGGACCGCUCAAACGAACCGCCUAGGCGGUCAAUCGCUAGUGCGUAUAAGCCCUUAAUGUAAAUCAUGGCAAUUUUUUUUAAAAUAAUUGUAUAUAA